GCUUGCUCUGAUUUCAGAACAAUGAUUGUAGCUUCUCUGCUUCCCAGCACCGGAAGUUCCAGUUGCAGAAGGAGUGUGUGUUCAGUGAGCAAUUUCUCCUAGUUGGGGAAGAUCGAAUGGUUGGUCUGUGGGAUCCAUCAAGUGCCAUACCACUCAACUGGUCAGAGGGCCACACAUGGAGUGUUGAGCUGGAUGUACGCGUCAAUUUGACGAUGCAAUACAGGUUUAUUCUUAAACGAAGCGCAGGAGAAAUCGUCUGGCGGCCUGGUCCAGACACAACUUUCAAGACAUGGGAAAGCAAUAGCAGUAUAGUGAUUGCUGAGGAUUGGGAAAAUGCUGGAGCUCAAAAAGUUAUUGAGAAGGAAGUUAUCAAUACUCCAGAUUUGGAGAUUGUUGUUGCUGUAAAUGUUUCUCAUAGAGGGGAGGAAUGA